AUGCAGUAUCUAAAGGGUCAACAGCAACGCCAGGAUCCACCUCAGAGUUCACAGCAGCAGCAGCAACUACAAGAGUCUGCCGAGGCUUUUUCCUUUGGCAGCAGCAGUGGCAGCGAUCAUGACAACGCUCGCACUUCACAACCGCCGCCAUACGCAGUGGCUACGCCCCAACAGCCAGCACAACAAGCCAGCAGGAUUGCAUCCAUCAGCCCCGACGAGUACUACCACCCGGCCAGUUUUCCUGGGUACACAGUAAUCCAACUGGCCAACGGCGAAGAGUCGCAAGCGCUGCUCCCGCGUGUAACGCAGGGCAGGCAGCGCAACCAACACGGGCAACUGCUCGUCCGCCGGGUGCAACAGCGCCCGGGAUGCUGCCUGCGGUGCUGUGGCUGGCUCUUCAGCUGCAUCUGCUUUAUUGUGGGCAUAUUCAUAGUGCUUGUAUUCCUGGGCGCUGUCUUAUUUGUCUCGCGCCAUGCCUUUCCGCCCAUGCGCGAGUGGCAGUGCGAGACAGGGUCUCUGGAGGUCCACACUGACCACCACUACUCUUUCCCUGUUACUGCGCCCCUGCGCAUUGAGAGUGUAGAGGGCAUCUCUUACUCGGCCGUUCACAUUGUGCGCGGCGAGGAGGGCAGCAACGUGACGGUGCGUGCUAUUGUAGAGACCAACAGGGGCGAUGCGCGCGAUCGCAUUUUUGUGUUCAAAGAUAAGGGUUUGUUGGCAGUUCAUGCAGAGCAGCCAAAGUGGGAAUGGCCGCGCGACUGCAUCCGGACGACCCUUAAUAUCAGUAUUCCUGCCAGUGGCCCCUUAUUUCCGUCUCUGAACAUUGCUACGGGCCCUGGCACGCUGCGCGCCUUGGAUGCUGGCGUCCUAAACUUAGGCGAUCUUUUUGUGCUUAUGCGCGACGGUACCGUGCAGCUGCAUAACUUGGGUACGCAGGGUAUAGUCAAUGUUUCAUCGACCAACGGGCGCAUCAAUGCCACGCGUAUAGCAAUUACUGGCCCAGCCACUUUCACAUCCAGCAAUGCCGCGCUAGCGCUUGACGGCAUCCAGGCAGCCAGUAUCUCGGCAUCGACCACUAACGGCGUGCUGCGUGCUACAGAUCUCUACACAGACGGGCACAUUACGCUAAACACGACAAAUGCCAGUGUUGCGCUCAGCGCGGUUUCGGCGGGGCACUCGGUUAGCGUGCGCAGCUCCAAUGGCGCCAUAAGGGGCAGCAUUAGUAGCGCAGGGGGCCCUGUUUCAGUCAUCACCAGCAAUGGCUCUGUGGACGUGCGGAUCGACGGAAGCGCCAUGAAAGAUGUAGUCGUUCGGUCGAUAAACAGUGCUGUGUCGGUGGUUGCUGUUGGCUUGCGCGGCUGGUUCGAUGCGCGUACGUCCAAUGGCCGCGUGAAUCCUCUCCAGUCACAGGUCACAUCGCUGACUACCACAGAUAACUCUUUACACCCAAGCGGAUUAUUCGUUGGCGUCAAGGGCAUUAGGCGCUUUGCCGACAACAUUGACAAGGGCAAUGCAACCGACAGCGACUAUGAUAGCAGCAGUAGCGACAGCAAUGACAAUGGUGCUGUGGAGUAUCGCAUUGAUAACGGUGAUGGUGAAAUCAAACACCCGAAAAAGAAGUCGCAAAAAAAAUCAAAAUCAAAGACAAACUCUGGUUCUGGCUCCAAUUCUGGCUACAGAUCGAAUGGCCUUGCUCAUGCGCCCAAUCCCAAUCCCAACCCCGUUUACGAUUUGAAUCCUUGCCCUGACCCCAAUCACAACCCUGUUUAUAGCUUAAAUCCUGGUCCUAACCCAAUCCAGGACCUAAUCCUGGACCUGGCCCUGGCCCCACCGUCGUUAUUUGCCACUACUGCACAGCUCAUGUGCAUGGGCGCCAUUCCUGAGGACCACAUCACCAAGCCUGUUGCUCACAUUCUGCAGAUGAAAAAGAAUAUUGGGCCUUUCAACAGGCCGUUUGCUGACCCCUCACUGACCAGCAGCAUUGGUUUUAUGCAGGACAUUGAAACUGCACACAGUGCCAUGCAUGAGUCAGUCACUCUGUUGAAGAACAUGCACCACAUGCUGCCACUGGCCACUAAGGACCACAUCCUUUUUGUCGGCCCCACCUCAACUCAACUGCUCUGCUUGCCAGCCACCCAGGAUGUCGUCUAUGAGGGCCUUGGUCACUCAAUCAUGCAGAUCAUACAGCAACUGUUGGGCCAUGCACCUACCUGCCACCCUGGUUUCACUAUGGAUACUGCCACAAGUGCUGAUGACGAAUGCAGCUUUGAGGCUCUUGUCACACUGGCUCACAAGAGCAACAAGAUUGUAAUUGGCCUUGGUGAGCAUGGACACUUGGGCGAGCAUACCAGCGACAUGGUUGGUGAUCUGGCCCUGGACACAUUCCAGGUUGCACUGUUCAAGUGCCUUGCCACUGUUGUUGACAAUUUAAUUGUUGCACUGCUUGUUGUUGGCCGGCCACACCUGCUCAAGGAAGUUUCCAACAUUGCCUCUGCUGCUAUGAUGAGCCAUCUGCCUGGCAUCCACGGUGGUCUGCCCAUUGCACAGGUGCUCUAUGGCCAGCCCAGCCCCUAUGGCUGUUUGCCCUUUACUUACCUGCGGCAUGAGUACCAGGCCAGGGACACCAUAUGGCAGAGCCAGAGAUACUCCCAGAUGGUCUACUCCAAACUCACUGUCGACUCGACUGAGCUGCGUCCUGGCAAGCCCAUCACUGUGCACAUGACCAUACACAACACAAGCUUCUGCACUGGUUAUGAGCUGGAGCUGUUCCAUCUGCGCAAAUUCGACAAGGUCGAGAUCAAGGCUGGAACAGCGACAUCAAUCUCGUUCACACUGGCCGCUGAGGAGCUGGACUACUUUAACCGCGAUUUAAUUAGGGUGCUUGACCCGUCGCCUGUCAACACCACCAUCAACGCGCUGACUCCCUAUGAGCGCACAGUUACUGCCAAUCUGGUUGUCUAA